AUGACCGUCCCUCCGCCACGGCCGAAGCUCAAAACUUCAUUCAAGAAGUCCCGGGCGAUCACUCCCUUGUACACCUCUGGACCCGUCGCGGUCUCCGUGGAUGGCAGCAAACUCUUUACGACUGUGGCAGACGAAGUAAUCUGCACAGAUGUCACUUCUGGGAAUGAGAUAUGCCGCUUUGCCGGGGACACACAAUCGGUGCUUUCGCUCUGUGUCUCGCCGUCCACCGAAUACAUUGUCGUGUUCACGACAUCGUCAGCGCUGAAAGUGUAUAAUAUUCCGAAGGACAAUCUCGCCGCAAAGCCCGUUCAACCGAUCCGCGUAAUUGCUCGCGCGCACGACUCCCCUGUCCAUGUUUGCAAGAUAGAUCCUACGUCGACGUACCUCGCAUCUGGCGCGGCAGACGGUGUUGUUAAGGUCUGGGAUAUAGCUCGUGGAUACGUAACCCAUGCUUUCAAAGGCCACGGAGGCGUCGUCAGCGCACUCACAUUCAACUACCCUCGCGACAACUCCUCGGUCACCCAAAAUCGAACCUUUCAAUUGAUCACUGCAUCCAACGAUACCCGCAUACGAAUAUUCGAUUUGAUGGCUCGUUCUGCGGGUGGUGCUAAACCUGAAGCGGUGCUAGAAGGACAUGUCUCAGUGCCUAGAGGUUUGGACAUCUCCGCGGAUGGCAGAUGGCUAGUCAGUGGAGGGAGAGACUCAGUUGUGUUGAUCUGGGAUUUGGCGACGAAGCAAUCCGAGACCAAGAAAUCUAGCAAGGACAAAGGGAAGCACAAAGCCCAAGGCCCCAUCCUCUUCAAAACGAUACCAAUCAUGGAAAGGGUAGAGGCUGUAGGGAUUUUGCGUGACGAAGAUAGUUUAGCGACUUCAUCCUCGUCUAUGAGACUGAAGUUCUUCACUGCGGGCCAACAAGGCAUUGUCAAAAUCUGGGAUGCCCAAGAAGGCCAAGUUCUAUUCACUUUAGGAACGCCGCAAGUUGACGGUGAAGAUGCUGAAGAACAACGCCAAAUAUUAGACGCUAUGUAUAUUGAAUCCACAUCCACCAUUGUAUCAGUUCAUGGUGACCAAAAUAUUCUUUUCUUUUCGCUGACUACUCGAUCACUGUCUCGUCAAUGCAUCGGCUACAACGACGAAAUAGUCGACGCCUGCUUCUUAUCCCCAGAGGCGUCGACAUCUUCGUCUAAACCAUCUGCUCGCGACACGCACAUUGCUCUGGCGACGAAUUCCUCACUGAUUCGAGUUUACAACAAUACGACUCUCGAUGCUCGCCUGCUGUCUGGCCACUCAGAAAUCGUACUAUGUCUGGACCGAAGUUCCAGCGGCAACCUACUGGCUAGCGGUAGCAAAGACAGGACAGCGAGGAUAUGGGCGCCGUCUAAACCGUCUACUAACGAAGCGGAUUUCGUGUACGGAUGCGUUGGCGUUUGUGAAGGUCAUGCGGAGAGUAUAGGUGCUCUGUCUAUGUCGCGAGCGGGAGGCACUACCAACAACGAAGAUCCUCGCUUCAUGUUUACUGGCAGUCAGGACAGGACAAUCAAAAUGUGGGACUUGACGCCGAUUUCGCAGGUGUUUACGCCCAGCGAUAACGAUAACGACGACGACGGCUCGCCUGCGGUUCUGCGCUGUAAAAGUCUGACCACUCACAAAGCUCACGACAAAGACAUAAAUUCCCUCGACGUCGCGCCGAAUAAUCGAUUCCUGGCAUCCGGUUCACAGGAUCGCACGGCGAAGGUAUUCGAAAUCGAGUUCAUACCAGGUCGCGAAGGUCGUCCGCCACGGGGCGAAUUGAAGCUGCUGGGAAUCUGCAAAGGGCAUAAGCGUGGUGUGUGGACCGUACGAUUUAGUCGCCACGAACGACUGCUCGCGACGGGGAGUGGCGAUAAGACGAUCAAGUUGUGGAGUUUGGAUGAUUGGUCUUGCGUGAAGACUUUCGAAGGGCACACGAAUUCGGUGCUCAGGGUGGAUUUUAUCAAUGCCGGGAUGCAACUCGUUAGCUCGGCGUCUGACGGGCUGGUGAAGUUGUGGAAUGUCAAGGAUGAGGAGUGUACUGCGACGAUGGACAACCACGAGGACAAGGUUUGGGCGCUGGCGAUCAGUAGCGACGACAGGACCAUCGUUUCGGGGGCGGCAGACUCUGUGGUGACAUUCUGGGAGGACUGCACGGAGGAAGAGGAGGUGGAGAAGGAGGCGAAACGCACUGAUCAAGUUCUGAAGGAACAAGAGUUUAUGAACUAUCUAUCGCUCAACGACUACCGGAAGGCCAUUCAGCUUGCGAUAAUCAUGGAACAGCCGGGACGAUUAUACAAGCUCUUUAAGGAGGUCCACUCUAAUUCGGAUCCCGAGACAGUAUCCCCUUUGACUGGGCACUCCUCGGUUGACGAGGUGAUCAAAACCUUAGGGGGAUCUGAUCUCGCAAAAUUACUCCGGUUCGUCAGGGCGUGGAACGCCAAUGCGAAGAGCAGCGAGGUCGCGCAGACGAUACUGUACUCGAUUGUCAAGCUUCGCAGCGCGGAGGAUGUGAUGUCUGCGUUCGGAGAUGAAAUGAAGGAGGAGGCGUUCAUCACGGAGGGGUUGGUCACGCAGCCUGGGGGAGGGAAGGCUAUUGGGGGCUCGGCGUUGAAAGAGCUGAUUGAUGGACUUGUGCCGUACACGGAAAGGCAUCUUGCGAGGAUUGAGAAGCUGGUGCAGGAGAGUUAUAUGAUUGACUAUAUACUGGGAGAGAUGGAUGAUGGGAUGUUCGAUAAUCAAGUGGAUGGGGCGAUGGAUGUCGACGAGUAA